AUGUCAUUCUGGGAUGAGAUUCGCAAAGUUCCUCCAGUGACUCGCUUUUUAUGUGGGUCUUCUCUGGCGGUCACGUUGCCUGUCAUGUUGCAGGUGCUCUCGCCUUAUCAUGUCGUGUUCGUGCAGGAGCUGGUGACGAGGAGAUACGAGCUAUGGCGCGUGUUCACCAGUUUCUUCCUCGGGAGUUCGGGGAUAAACUACAUUUUCGACAUCGUAAUGUUGUACCGCAACUCAAAUGAACUCGAAUCGUCGCAAUAUGCCGGGCGUUCCGCAGACUACGGUUGGCAACUCCUGCUCGUUGGUGUCUCCAUUAUUGCUCUCAAUCUACCGCUGCGUUCCGUAGUACACACGCGCCCACUACUACUUGCCCUGACCUACCUGUCAUCGCGUCUUGCACCCGCAGGCAGUCAGACAUCCCUUUUGGGGCUCAUCAAUUUCCCUCUGCUCUACCUUCCUUACGUUCUGAUCGGCCUUGACCUCAUAAUGGGAGGCCCUGGAGCUGCCGCACAGAGCUUAACCGGAGUUGUGGCGGGACACCUAUGGUGGUGGGGUGUGUGGGAUACCGGCGCGUUGAGGGGGCUUGGAAGCGCACCAGGGUGGAUGCAGGCGUUGGUUGGCAGUGGAAGCGCACCUGGCGGGGGUGCCGCCGGUGGAGGUGGAGGUAGAGGUGGAGGUGCCGGUGGAGGCGUCCACGUCGUUCCACCAAGACAGGUUAGGGAGCAGCGAGAGAGCGCGCAUCGGUGGGGAAGCGGACAUCGUUUGGGAGAAAGUUGA